CUCGCGCAUGUCUGUGCGACCAGGGUCUGCCGCCAUUUUUCAGGUGUUUCCUGUCUUCUCCAAAGAGGCCCCUUCAUCAGAGCUGGAUCGAGAGGGUCCCCCUCGUACGUCGUACCUCACAGCAGCAGCAGUAUAUCACGCGCACCCACGCAGCCACGGCACCCGCACACACCUCCAGGGGGCUGCCGUCUCUGUCUGGAUGGAGCUCGUCGGCGCCGUCAGCCACAAUACACAGUAUCUGAGCAAGAGGCGGAGACCAGACUUGACAGACUGUCAGCCAGCCAGACCAUAGAACGCACACACGCAAGCACGUACACAUACACACACACAUAUUGUACCUGUACCUGUACUCUGCUGUACGCUUGCUCUCUCGCACGCAUUCGCCCACUCAAACUCGCUUGCACGAACGCACAAACGCACGCACGCACGCAGGCGCUUGCUCACUCACGGCGGGACUCCCGGCUGUCCCUCCCAUCUUCCAGCAGCCUCCACUCGCAAAUAGACCAGGCUGCCUGUCUGCACAUCAUCAUAUUGUGGCCGGGCUUAGCAACCAGAGUGCUCAGACGCUGUUCUAUCGUUAGCCCAACCCUUGUCUUGUUCUGCUCUUUUUUUUUUUUUAUUCUUUCUUCCACCCGCAGCAUCUUCCAAUACCAACCAACAACCACACCCCCUCUCUCUCUCUCACACCCCCCUCCCUACCUACCGCCUGCCCCCCCAACCUCAAGCAGCCCACCUUUUUCCUGCUUCCCAUGCCCCAGUUCCAUGCCCAGUCCCAGUCCCCAGUCCCAAGUCCCAGUCCCACUCCCAGUCUGCCAGUCCAAGUCCCAGUCCCUCCACCCCAGUCCCCAGUCCCUGGUCGUGGUCCCGGCUCCGGCCCCUGGCCCAUACCCAUACCCAUACCCCUACCCCUGGACUCGCCUCGCCUUCCCCUCCAUGUCUCGAGUAUUGUAAUGCAACCUGUACUCCGUACUGCAGAACAGACAAGCAGUACUUACAUAGCUCUGUGCCGGGACCUUGCCCUGCCUGCAUGUUCCCUGCCAUCCCAAAGUCCCAAAAGAGGUUCACCAGGCCCUUUCUCCCUGCCCGUCCUACACAGCAGUCGCUACUCCAUGCGUACAUGUCCAUGUCCCUCCUGGUCUUCAAACUCUAUCGCCCUCACCCGCGUCCUUGGACAAAACGGCCCUCCCGACCACACACUCUCGACAUCUCCAAGGGAGCUGAAGCCGUGCCCUUUCAAAAGCAGAAACAUAUCCAGCCCGAACCGACCCAUCCGGAUCUGGUUUCGACCUCAAGCUGUGUGCACCUGUCACCUGUCACCCGUCUUGUCGCGCAGGACGUAGCAACCUGCCGCUGUGUGCCGACCCGUUACUACAACACCCCGUACCGCACCGCAACCGCACCGCACCGCACCGCACCGCACCGCGCCCGCACCGCACACCACCACCACCACCACCCAUUUUUAAGACAACGAACGAGAGCCUCCUCCGACACCAUCACGCCUUUCCUACCUUAACCAGUCACCUCGUUGGCAACUCCCAAGAGACCGCAGCACCCAUACCAGCAGCAAGUCUCGGGACCAUUGGCCCUCUCCUGGCCACAGUCGGUUUUCUUUCAGGACCAACCGCCCCCAGUCUCUCACCACCAUGUCCGGCGAUCCAUCAGCUCGGCGGCUGCUCCCGCAGAGCUCCCAGAUGACCAACUUCAGCUUCGCGCCCCAGUCCUACCAGCCAAGGGAAACCCAAAAGAAUUAUGUCUUCGUGGAUGAGCAUAAUCGUCACAAGCGACUCAAGGUUAUGAGAGCCUGUGAGGGCUGUCGGAGACGAAAGAUAAAGUGCGAUGCCGCGACCACUAACACAUGGCCCUGCUCUGCUUGCAUCCGUUUGAAGCUUCACUGUGUCCGGCCCAACGGUUACGAUGGCGCAGCAGAACCUCAGGUCUUCGAGCCCACUCGCCCCGACUACGAGACUCUUGGGGUCCAGGAUUUUCGACAGCAGAUGCCAAUGCAUCCUCCUCACCUCAUGACUGGCGCCCCCAAUCCGUCGCCCAUGUCCUCUUCCAUGUCCUCGUCCAUCUACGCCCCGCAGAGAGGGAGCUACUCCGAGCAGUCAGGACUCUACCAGCCCAUGCAGUAUCCGGACCACUCACCGCAGCACGGUAUCCAUUAUACUACCGUGCCUGCUUCCGUGGGCGUGGUUGACCACUCUUACGCGCAGGCGCAGUCGCAACAGCCCAAUAUCUUCCCCACGCCACCCAUGCAACAAGCGACGCGUCCUGAAUCUCCUCCAGAGGUCUACAACCAGGACCAGUACGGGCAGCAGGACUUGUCAGAAAUUCUUGGCACCUUGAAGCUGAAUGACGCAGGAACAGCGCCGUACUUGAGCCAUAGACUGAGACUAAAGGGCCUGGCGGAUGAGGAGCCUCUACUCCCGGAAGACGAGGACUAUAAGACGUCCCUGCCACCACUUGUGUCUGGGCCAGGGCUGAAAGUCAGGAUACCGCCAGAGCUCAUGCCGGACGAAGAGACUGCUCUGCACUAUUUCGAUCUGUUCUUCAGCAACAUCCACCCUUAUGUGCCCGUUCUUGACAGGUCGGCUUUCUACCGUCAGUGGCAAACGAACAGGGAUUCGAUGUCUCCAUUGGUCUUGGAGGCUGUCUUUGCUCUGGCUGGAAGGAUCGCGGACGAGCCAGGCGAGGGACAGCAAUGGCUGGCUUUGGCAACAAGACAUGCCGAUUCCUUCAUGGACACGCCCAGGCUGAGCACAAUCCAGGCGCUGUUGUUGAUUCUGAAAGCAAGAGAGGCGGCUCCGAGACGCGGCUAUUUCUACCGUUCAUGGAUGAGUGUGGUCCAGUGCGUCCAGAUGGGGAAAGAGCUCGGACUCGAUGAGCAUUUCGAGGACCACAAAGCCGGACGUCCCUGCGACUCCUCUGCGGCCGACUGUGCACUGAAGAGCCGGAUAUGGCAGACGGUCUUCGUGUGCGAGACCAUGAUAGGGUCUGCUCAAGGCCGCACGGAUCUGUCGGUGGACCUUGAUUCAAUCGACUUUGGGCUCCCACGCCCAUUAGCAGGGGGUGACGAUCAAGACUACCAGGUCGCUCGAAACUUCUCAUACAUGGCUCGUGUUGUGCGCAACGUGGCGAGGAUGAACAGAGUCUACUCACGCAUCCACAAACACAAAGACUGGGGCUGCGAUCCCGAGUUUGUUCAGCUCAACCCUAACGCGACCGCCUGGCUGGAAGAGCUCCCUGCGGACCUUUCGGUCAACUACCCUCCUGAUGGCUCCGCGCCAUGGCUGUCUUCAGCGUUCAUAGGCAACCUGCACUCCUACUACCACCUCAGCAUCAUUUUGUUGCACCGCCCGCAAUUGACGCACCUGGAGCCGACCAGCAUGGAUGGCCAAUGGAAGCACCACAUGUUGCUCUGCUACAACUCUGCGAAAACAAUCUGCAGGUUACAGGAGGCCACUCUGCAGUCAUUCGGCAUUCACGGGCUGCAGUGCAUGCAGAGAGGCGUCAACUUCACUCUUUACUGCAUAAUGUCAUGCAUCGUGCUGCAUCUUGUUUCUCUCACCUCCCCCGACCCAGACCUAAACUCUGAUGCGCGUGAGUACUUCACAAGGCACAUGAGGGUGCUGGAGAAGGUCAUGCACGCGUGGCCAAUGCCCGAUGUGCAGAAGCAGAUAGACUCCAUCCGAGAGGCCUUCUCCGCCGACACGAGGAAGCCUUUCGUGUUGAAGCCUAGUUUCCCGUACGGCAGCCCGCACUCGACCACACGCCAGACCCCGCCACGUCUCAAUCCCAAUAACUACAGGCCGUCUAUCCCUCGCGGAUCGAUGGACCACCACCAGACGAUUGACACCCAGGGCGCCGUGCAGCAUUCUCAAGUCAGUUACCCCGGGCAGCACCCAAUCACGCCUCCAAUCUCGGCGGGUCCUAUGGACAUGAAGAGUGACUCUCCUGCGGGUCUACAGUUGCCCAUGAUUUCUGGCAGCCAGGCCAGCUCAUCGCAAGCACCCUCGAUGCAAUCAUCCAUGCCAAUGACUACAGACGGGGGAUCUGGGUGGAAUCCCUCGAGAAUAUUUGAUCAAUGGAACAACUCAUUCGGUACGCCGUCAGCCCAGUCGGCACCAGUAGUGACUGGUGCUCCACCUCCCAAUAGCUCUCUAAGUAUUCCAAAUUCAGGUGCCACAGAGAUUCCUUCGAUUCAGGAUAUCCAACACGUGCACGCCACCGUGCCCUCGGUUGCUGCCGCCGCUGCAGCUUCCCAGAUCUCGCCCAGCCAGCAAUACUCGUCUGCGCCUGUGCAGACAUUCGUUACCCCUGCCAUGUGGCAGGACUCUGUGGCCAGUGUCUACGAGGGCGGGUUGAAGCGAGGAUGGGACUACGAUGCCAGCGGGCUUCCUUUGACAAAACGCAGAUAGACGACUUUCACACAGCAACAAGCAUGCAUACCAAAGCGCUUGGGUCAUGUCAGGUUCACCCAAUCACGCCGUUUUUUGGCCAUCAAGCGGCAUCAUCAAGGUCUGAUGGAGUCCUUCAUCACUAAGCAAUUUUCCAACUUGGCAAGUCCCUGUAUUUCCUGGCGUUUUCUCUGGGGCAUUUUAGGCGAUCAUGGGUGCAACCGGAUAUGAGAUGCAUUUGGUUAAGUAUUUAUGAUACCACCAAAAUUUUCCAACAUUUAUGUACUGUAUAUAUACCUUGGAGGGAUGAUGGGAGAAUGUUUGGGGGCGACAGCCUCAAAGAGACGGCCGAUUUGUACCAACAAUCCAACAUGACCGCAGUAAUGCGCUUCUGACACGAGACGUUCUCGAUUUACUGUCGUCUGCUACUGUAACAGGGAAUUGUCCGAGCCAACCUGAUGCCAGGAACCAACGCUUCCUAGUCAGAGCUGCAGACCAGUCGAAACAGCGUGGCGAGGAGGAGGUGACCAGGCCUUUCAGGCGUGCCAGCUUGGGAUCGAUCAAUCGAGGGCAAGCUUCCCAGACACCAAGUGUCGCUGCUGGGCUGCGCCUCCGUACCAAGCUUUCCCCGGC